AAUUUUGGAUAUACUUUGCUAGCAUUGUCUCUCGGAAGAAGUAGUGUUUUUGUGGCAAUAUACCAUUGGUUUGAGAAGCAUUUUGGGAAGAUGGCAAAUGGUUCCUUAUGCGUGACAAGGGCAAUGCAACAUGAAUUGGCACAAAACUGGGGAAUUAAUGCUGCAGUUCUUUAUGACCAGCCUCCUGAGUUUUUUCGCCCCACUUCCCUUGAGGAGAAGCACAAGUUGUUUUGUAGGAUACACAGCCAUCUUAGUCAGCCUUAUGGUCUUCGAGAUUGCAUCAGCCAUGGAAUGGUAGAAAUUGGGAGCCGUGAUUUGAAUAAAACUCUAUUUUCAGCUCAGGUUGACAAUGACAUUUUCUUGAAGCAUAACAGGCCAGCAGUUAUAGUUAGCAGUACAAGCUGGACUCCAGAUGAAGAUUUUGGCAUUCUUUUGGAAGCAGCAGUUAUGUAUGAUAGACGUGUUGCUGCAUUAUUAAAUGAAGAUGACUCAACUGGGGAAGAGGUUCUAUGGAAGGAAAUUUAUGAUGGGAAGCAGUUCUUGUACCCAAUGUUGUUAUUUAUCAUUACAGGUAAAGGACCUGAAAAGGAAAAAUAUGAAGAGAAAAUAAAGAAACUGAACCUCAAACGUGUAUCAUUUCGUACCAUGUGGUUAUCAGCUGAGGAUUACCCUUUACUUCUUGGAUCAGCAGACCUAGGUGUGUGCCUGCAUACCUCGUCAUCUGGCUUGGAUCUUCCAAUGAAGGUUGUUGAUAUGUUUGGCUGUGGACUGCCUGUUUGUGCUGUUUCAUACUCUUGCAUAGAGGAACUUGUAAAAGUUGAAAAAAAUGGCCUGCUUUUCUCAUCAUCUUCAGAGCUAGCUGAUGAACUCUUGAUGCUUUUCAAGGGUUUUCCAGAUGAAUGUAAUGCUUUAAAGUCCUUAAGGGAUGGUGCAUUGGAGAUGGGGUCUUCCGCCAGGUGGGCAACAGAGUGGGAAAAGAAUGCCAAGCCGUUAAUAUCCGAGGUUAUUGGGAGAUUCGCUUGAUUUCUGUUUUCAGCUGAAAUGGAUUCGGGUCUGUUUCAUAACUGAAAGUUGGUAGCAUCUGCAAUUCCAGGUUUAAUUCUUCCCAAGCUGGCACGGUUAACAUUGGGUAGGCUCUGCUUACCCUAUUUCCAUGUAUUCAAAGGGAACUACAUUAUUUGAGGAUUUUUUUUUUUUUUUUUUUGGUUUAAAUAUAGAGAAAAUUAAAUGUUGUAUGGAACUGAUUAUUGUUGAUGAAGGGAAGCUGCCAAAAAGUACUACUGAAUUAUGAAAGGGCUAGGGAAUUUUGUAUUCAAUAUUGUUCAUUUUAACAGUUCCACAACUUCACUGCUUUGGUGUUUGUAAUUGAUUGUGAAAGUGACCGGACAUCAA